AUGCCCAAGAGGAAGGACAGCUCCACCAAGGGGGCUGCAAAGGAGGAGCCCAAGCAGAGAUCGGCGAGUUUGUCAGCUACAACUGCUCCUGCAAGAGUGGAAAUGAAGCCAAAAAAGACAGCAGGAAAGGAUAAAUCUUCUGACAAAAAAAGGCAAGCAAAAGGGAAAAGGGGGCCAAAAGGAAAACAGGCCAAAGUGGCUAAUCAAGAAACUAAGGGAGAUUUACCCACAGAAAACAGAGAAACUAAAAAUGAGAGUGCAGCCUCUGAUGAAACAGAAGAGAAAGAAGACAAGUCUGAUUAG